CCUUUAGCAUCCAACUAAGGAUGGCAAAAAUGGGCCUUUCUUCCUGCACGUUAAUGCUGACCGUUUCUCUGUUCUCUCAAGGUAUUCUACUUUCGGCAUCCAAGUCCAUAAGGAAUUUAGAAGACGACAUAGUAUUUAAUACAUUUAGGAUGGGAAAAGCCUUUCAGAAGGAGGAUACGGCAGAAAGGUCAGUUGUUGCCCCUUCUCUGGAACAAUAUAAAAACGAUGACAACGGCUUCAUGACUGAUGACGAGAACAAAAUUUCAAAGAACACAGGCUUCAAACAGAAUCUCAUAAGCCGUGGCCUGCCACUGAAUCUGGCUAUAAAACCUUAUCUUGCUCUGAAAGGAUCCGUAGCUUUUCCAGCUGAGAAUGGAGCUCAGAACACUGAGUCAACACAAGAAAAGAGAGAAAUUGGGGAUGAAGAAAAUUCAGCUAAAUUUCCUAUAGGAAGGAGAGAUUUUGACAUGCUCAGGUGCAUGCUGGGAAGAGUCUACCGGCCCUGCUGGCAAGUCUGACAGCUGCUGGUCCAUGCCACCCUUUCCAACGGCUCAUUCCAAGUGGAGAGAAAAGCCCUUAUGUUGAUAUGACUGUUUUAUCUGAAGUGUCUGCUUUACAAGAAAACUACUUAAGAUAUGUAAUAAUCGACAUGAUAUGCUUUGACUUGUGCAUUAAACUUCAUAAAAGUUCUGCAUAAUUCUGACUUACUGGUG